CAUGACAUUAGUUUAACGAAACGUAAAAUUAUUACGUUUUGCUUGGCAUUUGUCCUAAAAUACGAAACUUCGCCUUUUUAAUGUGACGACUGACGACGUUAAAUCAAAGUACAGUAAAUAAAUAUCAAAUGGUUAACGACUAUCUGCCCGCUAAGAAAUAGUUCUGUAAUUUUUCAUCAUGUCUUCAUUGAUGCUAGAGCCUUAUAAUAUGCCAACAGAAACGGGCUUCGACCAAGUAUUAAUACAGAGUGUUAUAUUCGAUCUGGCUGAUGAAUUUCAAAUAAGAAUAUCAUGGGAUCAAGAGACAGUCAUUCUGACCGGAGCUUUUGCUGUUGCUGGUGGUCUUGUUGGUGGUUAUGCAGGAGGAAGGGUAGGUGCAGCUAUCGGUGCUGGCAUAGGUGCAGCAGCUGGAGUUGCCUUUAUUAACCUGAGAGAUAUUUGGGAAAGUGUUAAAUCGAAAUUGAAUGAACUUAUUUAUAUUGUAUUUAAUUACCUAAGAAGACUAGAUCCAGUAGAUUAUGUUCGGGCCAUAGAAGUUCUAAUGGCAUGUACCUCUAGCCGUAGGGAACUUGUAUUCACAAUUCUUGACUUUAUUGCAGAUAAAUUAGGACGUCAAGUAUUAUCUAGCAUCACUGCUGCUUAAUAAUGCUAAUGAAAUGUAACUCAAUUGUCUUUAUAGUCAUUGGAUCUUAUUAGUACCAAAAAGUUUGUGUGCACUGUGCAUUCAAUGAUCUAAUUUUUUUGCAGUAGUGGAAAUGUUUUUUUUAUAUUAUGCUUAUUGAAAUGUUUUUUGAAUUUGUGGCUUGAAUCUUUGAUUUUGUGUUCAUCUGUCUCAGGAUGAUGCAAGAAUUUUAUGUUUUUUAAAAAUGGGUCUGGUGAUUUUUAAUAUUUUUAUGAUAUUAAUACAGGUUAGGGUAUAAGAUAUGACUUUUUACAAUACUCAUUGUAACAUAAAAUAUUGUAAUGUGUAUAUUUCUAAAAGAAUAGGGUAAUCAAUCCGUCCUAUGUGAGUAGAAAUGGGCUUAACAAAAAAUACACCAAAAUUUUGUAUAAAGUAUUCCAUACAUAUAUAAAAUAUUGUAUCAAAUGUAUUUUUGCAAUUUAUUACAGUAGGCUCUUUUAGUAAAUAGAUUAAUUUAAAUUUUUAUAGUUAAUUGAUUAUGGGUUCCUUAAAUGCACUUACUUACAAGAGCAUGUCACUUAGACUACUAUUUGUUUAACAUUUUAGUAUGUAUAGAUGCUUGUUCCUAUUUUCUACGAAUUUAUCGUGACAUGUGAUUAUUUAUUGGUUUUGCUCAAUUUAUAUUAUUAGGUACUGUAAUGAUAUUACGAUUUUAGCUUAAUACCAUUUUUGUAAAGCUUGAAACUUAUUAAAAAUAUUUUUAUUA